CGUGUACUACCUAACCACGUGAAAAUAGCAUUUGUCAGCCACCUGCAUCGUAUGCACCUCUCUAAAUCCUUGGUAUAAAGCUCGACAUAUUCCCACCAACGACGGGAUUUUUCAUGCUACUGUCCCUGAGAGAUCUUUAUCGCAAACGUCAACCAUUCCCGGCCGAUCUGUUGCACAACCCCCCGCGACAUCCCCCUGAGUCUAGUCUGCGCAUCCUUUCUGUGUUCGCGCAUUUCUUUUUUUUUUUUUUUCCAGCCCGAGCUUUUUUUUUUUUGAAAGGCCUCCUCUUCUUCACAUUUCUGUACACUCAGACAAAACAUAUAACUUUGCACUCAAAAGACAUUCAAAAGACAUAUAGUUCGCAAAGAAACAACUAAGAUGGGCUUGUUAUCGCUUGGAACUCCGUUGACGUGGCAUGAGGCCAAACAGCACAAUAACUUGGUGCGCUCCAACGGGAUUGAGCAGUUGAUCAAUAUCCACCGCCAAAGCGCCGCGCGCACGCACGACAAGUUCUACUGGGGGGAUGAGGUCGAAUACAUGUUGGUGAGGUUCGACGCCGCCCUGUCUCGUGCAACCUUAUCCAUCGACGAGGAUGAGAUCUUGAACGUGUUGCACGACGCGCACCCGGAAUGUGUCGCGCACAAUAUCUCCUUCCACCCGGAAUAUGGCAGAUACAUGUUGGAGGCCACACCGGCCAGACCGUACGACGGGCGUGCGCUCGCGGACUAUCUCUACGUGGAGCAGAACAUGGCCUACAGACGGUCCGUAUCGCGCGCACACCUUCCGAGGGACGUGGUGCCGCUCACGAUCACGGCGUUCCCACGCAUGGGGUUGGCGGGCUUCACCUCGCCACCGCACGAGCCAAACGGCGUAGCGUCGCAAUCGCUCUUCCUCCCGGACGAGAUCAUCAACCGCCAUGUGCGCUUUCCUACGUUGACCGCAAACAUCCGCGCGCGCCGCGGCAGCAAGGUUGCAAUCAACUUGCCGAUCUUCCGUGACACGCGCACCGACAUGCGUGAUGCUCUGAUUCCCGCGACGCCGCGUGGCUUGUUCACGCACGACUCUGAACCGUACCAAGGCGCCGCCUUACCUGGCCACGUCUACAUGGACUCUAUGGGCUUCGGGAUGGGCUGCUCGUGUCUCCAGAUCACGGUGCAGGCACAAGACAUUAAUGAGGCGAGAUACCUUUACGACUCUUUGGCUAACUUUGCGCCGGUGCUUUUGUCUGCGACGGCCGCGUCGCCCAUCUUCAAGGGCUAUCUUGUGGCGCAAGAUGUGCGGUGGAACGUUAUUUCUGGUGCGGUGGACGACAGAACGCCGUACGAGCGCGGCGUGGCACCGCUUGCGGAGCACAAGCUCUUUGGCGGGUUGGACGUGGACGAGGCGCGCACGGACAAGCACGCGCCGCACGCGCGCGACGGGAAGGACAUUCAGCGCAUUCCCAAGUCGCGCUACGACUCCAUCUCCAACUACCUCAGCGACGAGCACACCACCGGGUACUAUAAGCCGGAGUAUAACGACGUCGCGGCGCCUAUCAACGCAGGGGUGUACGCGAAGUUACAGGCGAACGGCUUUGACGCAGCGUUGGCGAAUCACUUUGCGCAUUUGUUUAUCCGCGACCCGUUGGUGUUGUUCUCCGAGCGGGUGAGCAACUCUGACAAUGCGGUGGAUAAUGACCACUUUGAGAAUCUCCAGUCGACGAACUGGCAGACAUUGCGCUUCAAGCCGCCGGCUCCGUUCGUGGAGGGCCAGACGGCGGCGGAUCCUGAAACUCCCGGUUGGCGCGUUGAGUUCCGGCCGAUGGAGAUUCAGGUGACGGACUUUGAGAACGCGGCGUACUCUGUGAUCAUUCCAUUGUUCGCGCGCGCCAUCUUGAAGUACAAGCCAAACUACUACCUUCCGUUGAGCCAGGUGGAUGCCAACAUGGUGACUGCGCAUGGGGUGAAUUCUGUCUUGGAGGGCAAGUUCUAUGCCCGAAAGCAUACCGGGCUCGAUGUUUCCGACUUUGCGGGGUUCGACCUUGGCUGGUUCGACCGCAAGAUUUCCCAGUUGCAGAGCCACACCGCGCCUGUGGCGACCGAGAAAGAUGAGUAUAACCUUGCGAAUGGCGUGGCGGUAGCCACGGGUGAUGAUUCGGUCGUGGAGGUGUCUGUGAACGACGUGAUCAACGGGACGGCCACCCAACCCGGCUUGGUUCACAUGGUGACAAAGAUUAUUGCUUCCACGUAUCCAGAUGCAUCGGUGGAGCAGUUAGAGCAGCUUCAGGCAUACUUGAAGUUGGUGUCGUACAGGGCGAGUGGGAAGCUUCCAACGUUUGCCAAGUACGCGAGGGACUUUGUGGUGGCGCAUCCCGCGUAUGAGGCUGAUUCACGUGUAAGUGAGCAGGUUAACUACGAUUUGUGCGUGCGGGUGGCGCAGGUGACGGCGUAUGAGGAGGUGGGGUUGUUUGGGAAGGAGUUGGGUGCGUAUUUGAUGAAGCACAGGAGGUAGUCAAGGUUAGUUAUUGGAUUUUGCUGAAGCUGGAACGAGGUUUUUUUUUCCAGGCGAUGAUAUAUUGCUGAUGGUGUAUGCUACUGGGGGAUCCGUAUGACUGGGAGUUCUGGGUUUAAAUCCUGUGACAUGGCCGAUAGAUUUGCUAAUGUUUUUAAUCGAGAAAGCAAACUCUGCGGAAUCUUUCAGCUUGACCCAGGCUUCGCUUGUCUAUUAAAGAUCUGACUCAUAUUAUCGAAAAUGAGCUUUCAUCGUACUUCUUUUUUCCCCCUUUUGAUUAUAUCAGACCGCAUGCUUUUUUUUUAUCCUGGCGUAUUUUGUAUUUAUUUUCUGUUUUACUUUUUCUUGCAUGUCAAUCCAUAUAGUUUAGCAUACCAGGUUGAAGAAAUAAGGUUGGUCGCAG